AUGGAAGAUUGUGAAACUUUUUUAAUAUUAUGCUGUGGUGCGGCUGCGGCAGUGAUAUUAGAAGAGGAGAAAAGCCAAUAUAACAACAAAAAACCGAGACAAUGGGUUAGAGAGUGGGUUCGUCGUCGAAAUGAUGAGGGAUGUUGUUCCAAAUUAUUAAAAGAAUUACGUUUGGAAACCCCGUCUUUAUAUUCAAAUUUUUUACGAAUGAACUCAUCUGAUUUUGACUACUUGCUUAAAUUAGUGACACCUCUUAUAAAAAAACAGACAACAAAGCUUCGUCAGCCGAUUUCGCCUACAGAACGUUUAGCGGUCACACUUCGUUACUUGGCUACUGGCGAGAGUUUCAGAUCUCUUCAAUAUGUUUUUCGUAUUCCGCAUAAUACAAUUUCAGGAAUUAUUCCUGAAGUUUGCGAUGCUAUUUAUAGUGUUUUACAGCCGAACUAUUUAAAAAUACCAUCAUCAGAAGAAGAAUGGAAAUCCGUUUCCGAGAAAUUUCUGCAGUUGUGGAAUUUUCCUAACUGCAUCGGAUCUAUAGAUGGUAAACAUGUUGUUAUGACUGCACCAACACAUUCAGGAAGUGUUUACUAUAAUUACAAAGGUACACAUAGUAUUGUACUAAUGGCCAUUUCCGAUGCAUCCUAUAAGUUUUUAUAUAUAGAUGUAGGAUCCAAUGGUAGAAUAUCUGAUGGAGGAGUUUUUAGGAAAUGCUCAUUCCAUAAUGCUCUGGUUAACAAAAAACUUAAUAUUCCACCUCCAAAGCCACUACCAAUGAGAACGAUGCCUGUUCCUUAUCUUCUGGUUGCUGAUGACGCUUUUGCUCUGACACCCAAUUUAAUAAAACCAUUUAGUGCUCGUAACAUGAACGCCAUGCAAAGAGUUUUUAAUUACAGAUUGUCGAGAGCAAGGAGAGUAAUUGAAAACGCAUUUGGAAUUAUGUCAGCACGUUUUCGAGUAAUGCGUAGCCCAAUAAAGUUAGAACCAUUAAAAACAAGGCAAAUAACCCUUGCCUGCUGUGUACUUCAUAACUUUUUAAUGAGUCAACAAAGUUCCAUAUACUUUAAUUCGAACCUGGUAGACCAUUAUUCAGAAGACGGCACUCUUAUUCCUGGUGAAUGGCGCAAUGAACAAAUUGGCAGUAGUCUUUCAAGUAUUCAAACGCCUAGCUAUUAUAUUGCUCCCGAAGCUUCAAAAAUAAGGGAGGAAUUUUCUCAGUAUUUCGUAGAGGAAGGAGAGGUGUCGUUUCAAUAUAAACACAUAUAG